UCACAUUGAUUGUGCUCCAUGCCGCUAAUUAAUCCAAAUUACCCGCCGCCGCCCUUAUAUAUAUUUGGUACAUGAUGGGAGCAGGGCGGUCACCUUAAUAAGUGAUCGGGCGGCGAGGCGAGGCGAGGUGAGUAACAGAUCGAUCGAUCCAUGUCGCCAGUCGGGUGGUUGGUCUUGUUGUUGCCGGCGCUGCUGCGGCGGGGCAGCAGCGGGGUGGCUGCGGCGGGGAAGGUGCCGGCGGUGAUCGUGUUCGGCGACUCGUCGGUGGACACGGGCAACAACAACUUCAUCCCGACGAUCGCGCGGAGCAACUUCUGGCCGUACGGGCGCGACUACGCUGACGGCCUCCCCACCGGCCGCUUCUCCAACGGCCGCCUCGCCACCGACUUCAUCUCCGAGGCCUUCGGACUCCCUCCCUGCAUCCCUGCCUACCUCGACACCAACCUCACCAUCGACCAGCUCGCCUCCGGCGUCUCCUUCGCCUCCGCCGCCACCGGCCUCGACAACGCCACCGCCGGAGUCCUAUCCGUGAUCACGAUUGGCGAGCAGCUUCAGUACUUCAGGGAGUACAAGGAGAGGCUGAGGAUCGCCAAGGGGGAGGCUGAAGCCGGCGAGAUCAUCGGCGAGGCGCUCUACAUCUGGAGCAUCGGCACCAACGACUUCAUCGAGAACUACUACAACCUGCCGGAGCGGCGGAUGCAGUACACGGUGGCGGAGUACGAGGCGUACCUGCUGGGGCUCGCCGAGUCCGCCAUCCGCGACGUGCACUCCCUCGGCGGCCGGAAGAUGGACUUCACCGGGCUGACGCCGAUGGGGUGCCUCCCCGCCGAGCGCAUCGGCAACCGCGACAACCCCGGCGAGUGCAACGAGGACUACAACGCCGUCGCCCGGAGCUUCAACGGCAAGCUUCAGGGGCUCGCCGCCAGGCUCAACAAGGACCUCCCCGGCCUCCAACUCGUCUACGCCGACACCUACAAGAUCCUCGCCUCCGUCGUCGACAAGCCGGCCGACUACGGUUUUGAAAAUGCAGUGCAAGGUUGCUGUGGGACAGGACUCUUCGAGGCCGGUUACUUCUGCAGCUUGAGCACCUCGUUGUUAUGUCAAAAUGCCAACAAAUACGUCUUCUUUGAUGCAAUCCAUCCCACGGAGAAAAUGUACAAGAUCAUUGCCGAUACAGUCAUGAACACCACACUUAAUGUGUUCCUAUAAAGUUUAUUAAUUUUGUGGAUUGAUGGAUACAUAUAUAUACGGGCGGUGAAAGUACUGUACAAGUUGCUUAAUGCGUAAACUAAACAAACACCAUAGAUAUUCACUCUCUUGGGAUCAUAUAUAUACUACGUGAUUGUACAAGGAUGAACGGACUACUGUAUAAAUCAAAAUAUGAUCAGUUUUGUAAUUAAAGCAUGGACGCCAGUUUCAAUGCCAGCCACACUUUAGUGCUUUA